AUGGCCUCCAAGCCUUAUAGCCUCUUUGUGGCUGGAUAUGACUUGGCCAACCUUGCAGGCACCGAUUUCUUUCAUACGUCUGUCGUCCUCUGUCCAGCUGCAGCGCGUUUGAGUCGCGAAACCGUGCAAGACAGCCAGAAGUUGCACGAGUCUCUCUCGAGAGAAGGUUGUGAAGAGAUGAUAUUUGACCGAAAAGAACAUGGAAUUUGGUUAAACAGAAAUCUUGGCCGCUGGAGCCUUCAAGACAAUGAGCGAAUGCUGGUGCACUGGAGGCAGGCUGGAGAAGUGCAGCUGCCUGGUACGACGGCUUUGAAGGCCAGCGAGGCAUUGAAGGAAUGGGCAGCCAAUUCCGAAAACUUCUCGGCUGGAACCUACAACUUAUUCACCCACAACUGCAAUAGCUUCACGUCUGCCGUGCUGCGCAAGACCGGCUUUGAUCCAGAGCAAGUGCUUGCCUGCGGUCGCUUCAGGAAUGCCUCAAAGCAGAUCCCUUGCCUCGCACCCGAGGCCAACCUAAGCCCAGAGACCCACAGGCGCUUUCUUACUUUCUUAUGA